CCGCGGUGCGAGACCAAUCAAGUACAACUUCGCCCGUCGUCCUCCAGUGUGCUGCAUUUCCAUUUUCUUUGUCUGAGUUGUCGGUCGCCCAGAUUCAGAAGAUAGACGAGCAUAUGGUGCGGAAUGAAGUGCUGCCGAGAGGUCUGGAUGAGCUGGAUCGCUUGUUGACGCCAGCCGACGAGCGGUGCGAAGAUGAUUCUCCUGUAUUCAGUCGUGAUGAUGAUGAUGAUGAUAAUGAUAUCGCAUUUGUACCCAUGAUAAAGAAAAAGUAGAAGUGUUUGGAGGCAUCACGCACAAAUGCAGCACUUUUCGUGCUGUUCGUUGCAUCAUGCAAACUCGCAAAAAUUAAGCUUCUUGCAGAAAGCGUUACUGUUGAGAUUGGAUCCUGUGUACUCAAUAUGUCUGCUCGUUUUGUAUGAAAAGAAGAAAAACUGCUAUACUUUUCAACUACAGAUCCUUCGCGAAAACCCACUGGGAGCCGUUUCUGCAAGUAGUGCAGUUCUUGAUCGACAGAAAAGCCGAGCAGUUGAGCAACGAAUUUUACACACAAGAACGAGAAGGUGGGGAUCAUCGCGAGGACGACGAAGGCUCUACAACAACACUAGAAGACAAAAAAACGGAAGAUGUCGAGGAGGGCAAGCAGAAUAACGAGAUGACCGAGGGUAUGCGAGCCUUGCACAGUAGUUCGUUCGUAGGCGAGGCAGUUGUGCCCCGGGACGCGAGUCUGUUGUACAAGAUUAUGAACUACGAGCAGGCAGAACCGUUCCACUUCGCGAAGUUGAUCAAAAGCUUUUUCCGCAACUGCGACCACACGCCCGACUUUUUGCUGCUGUUCCAACUGCUACUGGAAUUCGCCGCUGCGCACGGAGGAGCAGCUGCCCUCAGAAACGACGACGAGGCAGAGCCUGCGAGGGCAAUUAAAGCAAAUCGGAGGCCUGUGUCGGCGCCCGUUCACGACGACCGCGGCUUGAGAAUGGCGCUGCCGGACUUGCUUUCCAGCGGAGAAGAUCGUGGUGGCGACACGACGUCAACUAGGGCACAUCAAAAUCGUCGGACAGAAAGUAACGACCUGCGUUUCUUGUCGUUGAUCAGCAUUCUGAUUCCGAUUUGGGAUGACCUUGCAGAAUUCUCCGACGAAGUCUUUCAAAAAGUUAUUGUCUCCGCGCCGCAACCACAACCAGCGGGGAAGACGACCACGACAGAUACAAUAGCAAUGACACAGCACAAUACGGGCCAACAAGAAACUACAAAUCCGGAAGAUGAGCACCCUGCUCCGACAUCGUUAGACACGUCCCCCCGCUUGCGUGGAAUGUACCUGGGUCUUACCGGACGCUUUCUCCAGCGGCAAACGCGGCAAAUUCGCGUCUAUUUUCCGAUGUCGUUUGGAAACUGGUUUGAUCAUGAGUUCCAAGUUUCCCUGGUUCGUGCGGGCGCUGAAGACUCGCAGCAAGUAUCCGGGAUCAUAAUCGAUGACAAGGUCAAGCGCGAGCGAAAAAUACUGGACCGCCUGCGUUCUCGCACCGCAAAAACGGAUACUGGUGUCCCCGCGACAUCGUCCGGUGCAAUAACGGAGGAGGGCGAGGGUGAAACGCUUCCAGCUGGACUGACCUCCGAACACAUCCAGUACUUCUUCCGCGUUCCUGUUUUCACGACAUCAUCAUCAUCAAGGCGUGCUGAUACUGAGUCUAAUAAAGCCGAGCAGAACAAUUAUAGCGACGCACCACAUGAUGAUGAUCAUGAUAAUCCGAAAGCCGAGGAGUUGCAGCUGCUCCUGCAUCGGGAACACGCGGAGUUGUUCCAGCAAUGGCACCCAAUCGCGCAGGUGACGCUGUUCUACUGGUUCUUGAAGCAUUGCUUGGCCGUGCUCGAGAAGGAUGCGAUGCUUCCAAUGGGCGCUUUCUCGCAGACCUACGCCCGCCUCGAGGACUGGCACCAGAGCGGAAUCAACUACGAAAAACUCUCGGACGUCCUGGAAACCGAAAUCGGGUACUGGCGCAGUUUGUUUCCGAAUCGGGUAAACGCAGCGCCGUUCCAGUUUCUCCGGUUGAUGGGAGACCGAAAAAAGUUUCUCGACAUCUGGCGGUUCCUGGCCAAGUUUGGCACCUCAAACUUCGUGUGGGGCCGAUAUUUGAAAUCGGGCAGAAACAAAGAAUCCCAAUCCACGGCGGAUGAUAGUAAAACCAGCAAAAGUACGUCGGGACGACCCAGUUCCUCCAGCGCACCAUCCACAGUGGCCGACGAAGAUGAAGCGGGGCGAUCAGAUGAUGUUCAUCCUCCCGGCCUGGAUUUCCGAUUACUGCCUAGCGAGGCCUCCAGCGUGCAGCUGCAGCGGGCCUGGUGGCCGCAAACCAUCGGAGAAAUUUGCGAAUUUCUCUACGACACGGCCCUGGCCGUACAAGCCGAGGUAAUGUACAAGAUUCACGACCCGGACCGAUUCCACUCCGCUUAUCACCGCAUCGCGAUCGACCAGCCCAUUCGUUGGGAAAAGGAAAUUCGCCGAGUAGCGGAGGAGCAGACGAAAAAAGUGGACAAAAAGCCAAAGGCAAAAUCCGAAAUAGCGGUUCUCGCGCAGCACCAGGACCAAGAGCAAGGGGAACCAACUCUUCAGGCAGCGACGGACGGUCUGAUAAGUGCGCUUCGACAGCUUGGUAUUGACGUUGGCUUCGUCCAACGCCAAAUCGGGGGGCUCGCAACUACCGCCAUACAAGCAGGAACAGAAGAACUCCGGCUCAAUGACGACUCGUCUAAUGAGCAGAUCUCCUCAGAAUACGUGAUGGAUUUUGCCGCACUGAAUCACACGGUGCGGCUUCCGUACACCGCGCCACUGUUUGACUACUUCCUGAACGAAGAAAUCCAGCGGGAACACCGCAUGGGCCUUGCGGCAGCAGAAGCUGGCGACAUAACUAGCCCCGUGGAGGUCACCAGCUCCGAAGAAGACCUUCACGGCGACAGGAGUAGAAUGGAAGAAAACGGACAAGAAGCAUCAAAUGACGCCAGUAGAAACGACAUCGACUCCGACCAGAUGACCGAUGCAGAGAUCGCGGGCACCUACCCUACGUGCGGGGAGGCGAUCGGACAGAUGAUCGUACCGCUGAGCGACAAUCUGGACCCGCUGACCCGGUUUCGCCGUUUCUUCCAGCAAAGGUUGGACCGCGUGGUGUUGGCCGACACGCUGUGGAGGAGCUACUACGACACCGCGGCUGGCGCGAUGCACCGUGUUGCACAGGUCCUGCUCACUUCGAAGAGACCUUUCGACUUGUGGGAUGACUGCGACCCAGCGCAGAGUCUGACCAGAAAGUUUUUAAACUACGCACAGGACCAGAUGGACUCCGUGCUGAGCAGGAUAUUCCAACUGGCGUUUCCUAGGGAAGAAGACGGCGAGAGGAUGAGCGAAACUGCGGAUCAUGACGUCGACUCGGAGAUGAAAUCCAAAUCCAAAGUGCACACGAAUGCUUUUUCAGACAUCAAACAGAAGCAUUUCUAUGUUGAUGUCGGCGUGGGUUUUGCUGGAGUCGAGCACUACGCUCGUUUCUUGCGGACUUUUCGCAGUCCGGAAUGGACCGGAAUUAUGUUGGACGUCGGGCACGCAAACUCCGCCAUUGGCUACCACCCAGAGAUGCUAUCGCCGGAAAAUGUGGUGGCGGAAGUUUUUCCGCGCCGGCAAGUGCCCUUCGACUUCGCAUUUCUCGUCCUGCAAAUCGACUCGUUUUCCUGGCAUGUUUUGCGGGCCAUCUUGCAAAGUUCGCAGAGGAUCCGCGAGCAUCGCACGCGAAACGAGAUGAAACGCCGCGUGUGCCAAGUGUGGAGCGGAAUAAGCGACGCCGUAAGAGAGCUAGCUGUCAGCGAAGAAACCGCGACCCGUGAGUACGAGUUGCACGAGGCGGAACAGUUUUUCUCGCCACCAACUGCCUGCAGGAGCUCCUCUUCUGGUUCCAUGCGGAACGACGAGGACGAGAGGAGGGACCACGACGCGGUGUACUACUAUCCAAAGGUGAUUCAAAUCGAGCACAUCCAUUCCUACUUCUGGCCGGACCACAUGAUGCCGCCAGGGUUGAAUCUAAUUCCACGAUACAAGCGAGCGGAGCCUGCCAAUGCAGGUGAGGCUUAUCGGAGGCUGUUGCAAAUGUAUGGCGAAGCGGAUCACGAAGAGCAAGAGGAAACAGGACAAGCCGCCCGCGGAGGUCCAGCCGCGGAGGCAAGCCCAUCAGUUGACUCAGAAUCAGAUAGAAAAAAAAACAAACCGGAAGAUGAAGACAAGGACGAGGAGGCUUUGGCGCUGACUUUCACCGUUGCGAACGACUACGAGUCGCGCGUUGCAACGCAGAUCCAUGGCUAUUUCAAGGCUUUCAUUGCCACUGCUGCGGCCAUCAAGCAGCUGGGUAAUGCCUUUGGCUACGACGUCAUCUACUUUGGUUGGUGGAAUAUGGUGCUUGUAGAUCGACUGCACACCAGUGACUUGGUCCCGACAAAAGGCAAGAAAGGCGCAGCUGGUCGUAAAAAUGUCGCCGCUACGGGUUCGCGUCCUGCUUCCGGCCUCCAGGGAAAGCAAGAUCCUUACGACUCUCAAAAGCUCGCGCAAUCUCUAUGGGAAGUGAACGAAGUCGAAGCUGGCAGUGUCGCGGGAUCGAACAACUUCGCGCCAGGUUCGGAAGAACAGGUAGAAUCUCAAAUGAACAGUCGAGAAAGAAAAGGGACCAGCACCAAAAAUUCAGAGGCUUCGUCGGAGAUAGAUGAGAAAAAAGGCAAUAUUUUGGAAGAAAUUACCUCGGAAGCAAUUAUAUCCUCGGCCGAUCCGCUGAACUACUUUGAUCCGGAAAAAAUAGCAGCGAACAUUCGCGGCAGACUACCGGAGUUGCCCCCUGAAGCAGAGGAGCGAGUACAGCGACGCAGGAAAACGCCACGGCUUCACCACCGCUUUCGGCACAAAAAUGACCUGCAAACGCUGUGCGAGCUCUACAGCAAGCGGACGCACCGCCACUAUUGGCAAGCCCCGCUCACUUUUUUCCUCACCAAGAAUCUGUGUACAACACCCGAGGGUUUAGUGGUGGGUUUCUCCCAAGAGGAGAUCACGGAAAGGUAUUGGCUGGACUUCCUCUUCAACACAAAAAAGACGGCGUUCCAGAGCGCGCCAAGCGCUUCGCUCUCCAGGCACGAACAGAUUCUACAGGCGCUCAUUCGAGACCCCAAGAUAACGUUCUAACGAAGUAGAUGCGCCAUGAGUUGGAAAAAGCCUUGCUCCGUCUCUGCGACCCUGCAUCGCUGCUAAUGGCACGGGGAACGAAGCAGGUUUCAGGCUAGCAG